CGGGUGGUGCGAUUAGUGUGUCACGACCAUUGAUAAACCGAAAGUUGAUUUUUUCCGUAUUUUUGUAAGAAACGGAUUCCUGUUUACUUUGGAAUUGAUGUGCGUUAUUUGUGUAAGGGUGCACAAAGGCUUUCAUGAUGGCAUUUAGAGACGAAGCCCAGCAUUUUGUGGAAUGUGAUCUUUGUCAGCAACCAGUCUCGUUUUUCUGCAGACAAUGCGGGGUCAAUCUCUGUGAUCCCUGUGUCCCCAUACAUCUACGCGUAAAAUCUAAAAACGGCCACGACAUUGUAGAUUACACUAGUAAAGAUAAUGACGACACAUGCCACUGUGAUUCCCAUCCCCAAAACGAUUGUUCCGCGUACUGUAAAACUUGUGAUGCUCCGAUAUGCAUGCUCUGCGUUUCUAUGAAACACAAAUCACACAAAAUAUCCGAGCUGUCCGAUAAAAUUGAAGAUCUUUUAAAAGUUAUCGCGAAGGAAAAUGAUCGACUUCAGUCAUCCAAACAUGAAUUAGAAAGGAUUCUUGACCAUACGAUGAAGAUGCUGUCCUCGAUAUCCUCGAUUUACAAACAGAGGAAAGAUGAAGUUACAGCGCGAGGAGAAGAGUGGCACAAACAGAUCGAGGAGACCGUGAAGAAACUUCACCAGGAACUGGAUGACAUGCAAAGGGAACACGAGGCUGUACUACAGAAACAAAAGAAAGAGUUUGAAGAAAUGAUUGAUAAAGUGAAUAGAGUGAACAGUAAAACAAGAAAAUUACAAAAAUCAAAAAAUUUCAAAGAAAUGCAGACUUUUAUACCAAUGAUUCAGAAAUACAAGAAUUUAAGUGAGGUUUCGCAGUAUUCGUUUCCGAAAUCCUUUGAACGUAAAAUAGAUGAAUAUUUGGAAAUCAAAUUAAAGAAAAAGGAAUCAUCGGAUAGAAAAAUACUAGAUGUACCGACAGUUACGUCUGUUAUAGACACUGGGUUCCCUGCUGAUGAAGAGACGAAAAAUCGUCUGUAUGACAUGGCCGUUACUGACGACAACAAAGUGUGGAUGGGAGGAGAGAGCAGAGAACUGAAGUUGUUUGAUCUCCAGGGACACCUCCACCGCACCGUCAGCAUUACUUACAGAGGCAUCUACUUAUGUAUGUUCAACAAACCAGUGGUGUACAGUGAACCAUUAAAUAAAGCCGUAAGAAUGAUAUCUAACACCGACACUGUGGUGACAAUGUUCACUACCAGGGACUGGAUACCAUUGGGUGUCACAAGCGCGGCGUCCGGUGAUCUACUGGUCUGUCUGGUUAAAGACGAUCAGAACAAAGUCGUCCGAUACAGCAGUACCGGUACCGUGCUCCAGGAAAUCCAGUACGACUCGCAGUGUCAACCUCUGUACAAAGACGCGACUUACAUUACUGAGAAUGUCAACGGUGACAUCAUUGUAACUGACUGGGUGAAAAAAGCAGUCAUUGCUGUCGAUAGAUUAGGCAUAUUCCGGUACACGUACUCGGAAAAGGACAGUAAUUUUAAACCUUCCUCAGUUGCCACUGAUUUUGUUGGACACGUAAUCGUCACUGAGUUUUCACGAAACAAGAUUCACCUGCUGGACAGAGACGGACGAUUUCUGAGGUACAUCAUUCCUAAAGGAGGAAUAAAAAAUCCACGCGGCGUGUGUAUCCUUGGUGACGGUGAAAUGAUGGUGGGAGAGUGUGUGACCGGAAUCGCCAAAAGAAUCAAAUACCUAGAAGAAUGAAGACACAAGUUUUUAUUUAUCAAUCUGUUAUGAUAGUGAGGGUAUUGGAUAUUUAUAUUAAAAUUAAAAGGGUACAGUGAAAGAAAAUGACAAUGAAUAUUAAACCAUGAUCAGCUGACUGUAAAAUGUAAAAAUGUACACACUGUCUGUAUUCGGUAAAUCUUUUAAAUUUUUAAUUUUAUCGUCAAAUUUUCCUUCUGUUUGUAUGCACGUUUUUUUUGUUUUAACCAUCUGUUUGUCAUUGAUUGUCUAGGCCAUGCCAAGUUUUUUCUAUGUUUAGCGUCCGCGGACGGAAUGGUUUUAAGAUGUAAAAAUUAAAAAAAACCCACAAUUUUUGUUCAUAAAAUUAGAUCGCUUUUUCAUAUGUCGGGCUCAUGAUCGCAUUUUUAAAUCCAGAUCAGAAAUCAAAUAUAACAACAUUCAAAAUGGCAAUCAUAUAGUAGGUAUUUGUUAUUUUUGUUACAAAGUGAAGAAAAUACUUCAAAAUAUAUUACAAAUUUUAUUUUGUUGAACUUUUAAAGUUGUGUUUUUUUUUCUAAAUUUUGUGGUUUUUUUCCUGAUAGAAAGAUAGGUUUUUGAGUUUUGAGUGGACGCUAAACAAAGAAAAAAACUUGCAAUGGCCCUAUUUUAUUUUCUGAAAACUAUAUAGUUCUACUGCUGUUCUUUUUUCUUUUCUACAAUAGAGUUACAAGUUUUGUUUUCAUAUAUGUACAGAUGUAGACUGUAAAUAGCGGGAAUAAAAAAAAGUAGAUAAAUUUGUAUACAGAUUCUUUUGAAUACAUGUAAUCUUCCAUUAUAAUUUCGUUUGAUAUUUUAAAUGCAAAAAUUAUUUUUUACGUAAUUUCAUUCAUAGAAAAAAUUAUAUGGUCUGAUGCUCACUGACAUCGGUUAUGGUUUUGGCACACAUCGAUGAUAUUGAUCGGACAAUCAAUUAUUUAAGAUGACAUGUACAUGUAUUUGAUUUGAUGGACUAUACAAGAAUGGUUUGGUGCCUUCGGUACACAUAUAGUUCAUUUUUUAAAAGGAGAAGAAAGCCAGAAAUAUAUAUAAAAACUGGGAGGGGGGUACUAAACGGUAUAAAAAGACGGGAGGUUGCUACUGCACUCAUUUCUAUAUGAUUUACCAGUUAGGAACAAACUCUCAAUAUGUAUAUAAUACAAUUGGUUGAGUAUUUAAUUGUAUUCUACUGUUAGACUGUGUCUAUUUUGGUACAAUUUAUUUGUUUCUAAAGUUUGGAAAAACAGCUAGUAAAACUUUAUUUCAACAAUAUGGGGGUAUAUACAUGUUCAAAAGACUGCUAUGCAAAACCAGCUGGUCAGUUUUUAUAAACUGUGUUUCUUGUUUAUAAAAAAUAAAACUCCUUUACAUAUGUAAAAAAUACUAUAUAAACAGUAUAAUUUUUGAGAAAUUUCCCAUGCAAUUUUGAGAUUUUUGGGGAGGAUUGUGCGAAUCUUUUAAAAAAAUAUUUUCUGUAGAUAACUAACUAUUAUAACCCAUUUUGAUUUCAUGAUUAUCAUUUUGAUUAUAUCCUAACAUGGUGUUUUUUGGUUCAUUAUUUAAUAAAUCAUGUGACCAUU